AUGCAAGCAGCCAACCACCUCCACAAGACUCUCCACAGCAAUGCCCUCGCCCUAGGCGCCUGGCAAAUGCUCCCCGGCUCAAAUCUCUCCCGCAUCCUCGCCCGCACAAACCCAGACUGGAUCUGCGUCGACACCGAACACGGAAACAUCAGCGAUACAGCCAUGCACGAAUCAGUAGCUGCCAUUGCAGCUUGCGGCGUUUCUCCCAUUGUCCGCACAGUCUCGAAUGAAGGCUGGAUGAUCAAGCGUGCAUUGGAUGCCGGUGCUCAUGGCAUUGUGAUCCCUCAACUCAAUAAUGCUGAGGAAGCGAGAAGUGUGGUUCGUGCAGCGAAGUUUCCUCCGCAGGGGAUAAGGGGGUUUGGAAGUCCCUUCGCUAUGGAGAGAUUUGCGCCCAAAGGCGGCGAACCGGUCUCUGCGGCUGAGUACUUGCAACAGGCCAAUGAUGCUUUGGUCACUAUCAUCCAGAUCGAGACUCAGUCAGCUUUGGACAAUGUGGAUGCAAUUGCUGCAGUGCCAGGUGUCGAUGUCCUUUUCGUUGGUCCUUAUGAUCUGGGAAAUAGCAUUGGAUAUCCUAUUCUUGCUGAUGGCAUGCACGAUGAACUAAAAGCUGCCAUCGAAAAGAUCCACACUGCGGCAAAGAAGGCUGGCAAGCAUUCAGGCAUUUACUGUACCGAUGGUGAUCAAGCGAGACACUAUGCAGACAGAGGUUUCACCAUGAUCAGCGCCAUGACAGACUCAUUGGCACUGGGACAAGGCGUGAGUACCGCUUUGAGCCGAGCAAAGGGAUCUUGGGGUCACGCGGCAUUGCAGGGUGUCAAGCAGGGUGCGAGCAGAAUCGUUUCCUCGAAUUCUCCUUACUGA